AAAAUCAUGGCUAUAAACAUACUGUUUUGACAGGGGGUGGGUGCACUGACUGAAUCCCAACCGGAAGUGAAUACUAGCCUUUUCCUGGAUCCGCGACCCCUGACCCCAUCAUGAAUCAGAUGCCAGCUUUCCCUGCAUUGAGGGAGAUAGACAUCUCCAGCAUCCAGGCCCCAGAGCCCAGGAGCAGAGAGGAGUUCCUGCAGUAUGCCUGUACCCUGACCCUAGACAUGAGGACAGCCCACCGGCGUCUGACCCUGUCGGAGGGCAACACCAAGGCCACCCUACAGGGGGCAGGGCAGCCCUACCCAGACUGCCCCCAACGCUUCGACGGCUGGACCCAGGUGCUGUGCCAGGCCCCCCUUUCCGCCCAGCGAUGUUACUGGGAGGUGGAUUGGCGGGGGAAGGGGUCAUCAAUGGGCGUGGCUUAUGGAGCCCUGAGCAGGAAGGGGGCGGACGCCAGGGCGGGGCUUGGCUACAAUGCCCAAUCAUGGAGCCUGGAGCUGUCGGAUACGUGUUGCACGGCAAUGCAUGCCAAUGAGAAGAGGGAGGUCCCGGUGACGUACUCGCCGCGUCUGGGGGUGUUCCUGGACCUCAACGCAGGCACCCUGGCGUUCUAUAGCGUGGCGGAGAGCAUGGCGCACCUGCACACGUUCCGUGCCAACUUUACACAGCCACUGUAUGCGGCCUUCGGGGUGGGAAGUGGGGUUGGUGUUGGACUGGACUUCGCUCUGGGUCAGUUCAGCCAGUCAUCCGACAGCAUCAAGAUCUGCCCCAUGUGAGGAGACCUACGACCUCUGUAUAGAUCUGCCCCAUGUGAUGAGACCUAUGACCUCUGUAUAGAUCUGCCCCAUGUGAUGAGACCUACGACCUCUGUAUAGAUCUGCCCCAUGUGAGGAGACCUACGACCUCUG